UUUGCAGGUUCAUUUCAAGCAGUUGGCUCAUGGGAGUCUGAGAGAGGCUGCUGCCCAUGACAUGUUGGAAUUAUCAUGAUCAACUACCCAGUUUGGAUUUCACCCAGUGGCCAAGAGAUUUUCAUGGUAGACAGCAAAGGUUGGAUUUUUAAGAAGAGUAAACCAGGCCCUUGACCAAGGUGUAGACUAAGAGGUGGAGUCAUGCUUCAUACGGCCAUAUCAUGUUGGCAGCCAUUCCUGGGUCUGGCUGUGGUGUUAAUCUUCAUGGGGUCCACCAUUGGCUGCCCUGCUCGCUGCGAGUGCUCUGCCCAGAACAAAUCUGUUAGCUGCCACAGAAGGCGGUUGAUCGCCAUUCCAGAGGGCAUUCCCAUCGAGACCAAAAUCUUGGACCUCAGCAAGAACAGACUGAAAGGCAUCAACCCUGAAGAAUUCAUAUCAUAUCCUCUACUAGAGGAGAUAGACUUGAGUGACAACAUCAUUGCCAAUGUGGAACCAGGAGCAUUUAACAACCUCUUUAACCUGCGUUCCCUCCGCCUAAAAGGCAAUCGCCUAAAGUUGGUCCCUUUAGGGGUAUUCACGGGGCUGUCCAACCUCACCAAGCUUGACAUUAGUGAGAAUAAGAUUGUCAUCUUACUGGACUACAUGUUCCAGGAUUUGCAUAACCUGAAGUCUCUAGAAGUGGGGGACAAUGACUUGGUUUAUAUAUCACACAGGGCCUUCAGUGGGCUGCUUAGCUUGGAGCAGCUCACCCUGGAGAAAUGCAACCUAACAGCAGUACCAACAGAAGCCCUCUCCCACCUCCGCAGCCUCAUCAGCCUGCAUCUGAAGCAUCUCAAUAUCAACAGUAUGCCCGUGUAUGCCUUUAAAAGAUUGUUCCACCUGAAACAUCUAGAGAUUGACUAUUGGCCUUUACUGGAUAUGAUCCCUGCCAAUAGCCUCUAUGGUCUCAACCUCACAUCUCUCUCGAUCACCAAUACCAACCUGUCCACUGUACCCUUUCUUGCCUUUAAACAUCUGGUAUAUCUGACCCACCUUAACCUCUCCUACAAUCCCAUCAGCACUAUUGAAGCAGGGAUGUUCUCUGACCUGAUCCGCCUUCAGGAGCUUCAUAUAGUGGGGGCCCAGCUCCGUACCAUUGAGCCUCACUCCUUCCAAGGGCUCCGCUUCCUUCGUGUGCUCAAUGUGUCUCAGAACCUACUAGAAACUUUGGAAGAGAACGUCUUCUCCUCCCCUAGGGCUUUGGAGGUCCUGAGCAUUAAUAACAAUCCACUGGCCUGUGACUGCCGUCUCCUUUGGAUCCUGCAGCGGCAUCCCACUCUGCAAUUUGGCGGCCAGCAGCCCAUGUGUGCUGGCCCAGAUACUAUUCGUGAGAGGUCAUUCAAGGAUUUCCAUAGCACUGCCCUUUCUUUUUACUUUACCUGCAAAAAACCCAAAAUCCGUGAAAAGAAGUUGCAGCAUCUGUUAGUGGAUGAAGGGCAGACGGUCCAGCUAGAAUGCAGUGCUGACGGUGACCCUCAGCCUGUGAUUUCCUGGGUGACACCUCGGAGGCGUUUUAUCACCACCAAGUCCAACGGAAGAGCCACUGUGUUGGGCGAUGGCACCCUGGAAAUCCGCUUUGCCCAAGAUCAAGACAGCGGGAUGUACGUUUGCAUUGCUAGCAAUGCUGCUGGGAAUGACACCUUCACAGCCUCCUUAACUGUGAAAGGAUUCACUUCAGACCGCUUCCUUUAUGCGAACAGGACCCCUAUGUACAUGACCGACUCCAAUGACACCAUUUCUAAUGGCACCAAUGCCAAUACAUUUUCUCUGGACCUUAAAACAAUAUUGGUGUCUACAGCCAUGGGCUGUUUCACAUUCCUAGGAGUGGUUUUAUUUUGUUUUCUCCUCCUUUUUGUGUGGAGCAGAGGGAAAGGCAAGCACAAAAACAGCAUUGACCUUGAGUAUGUGCCCAGAAAAAACAAUGGUGCUGUUGUGGAAGGGGAGGUGGCUGGACCCAGGAGGUUCAACAUGAAAAUGAUUUGAGGGUCUACCACUUACACGAUCAUUUCUGUGUCACUGUCGGUAUCCAGUAGGACAGCCUGGCACAGCAAAUUACUAGGUUAAAAAGGCAGCUUAGUGUAGCUGCUCCUGUGUCAAAGCAAGGUCCAUGGAAGCAGGAGGACUUCGUAUGGAGACUCUCCAUCUAAAGGCAGGCAGGCAUGUGUCAAAGCCCUUCACACAGUGGGAUUCUAAUUGUUUGCAUUGCAAAUAUUGGCAUUCUGGGGAUCUCAGUAAUGAACCUGAACCUUUGGCUCAUGCUCAUGGACAGUUAUUCAACAUUUUCUACCACUGCA